GCCACCAUGAGAGGAAAGAAAAGCAGAGAAGAAUACGGUAAAGAGGAAGGAGACAGGAUGAGAGAUCGCUCACAGGGUAGGAGAAGAAAGAGAAGCGUGAGCAAUGAAGACACAAAGGCUCAGCAGAGGAGAAAAAAACUGGCCGAGAAGAAGAGAGAGGCUAAGAAGGCUCUUCAGAGUACCAUGACUCCCGAACAAAUCCUAGCUGAGAAGCUAAAAGAGGACAAGAAGAAGAUCGCCUCUUUCAUGGACAAGGCCGGGACUUCUCUGGAUAUUGAGCGCCAUUGCUGGCAGCUAGACACCUGGCUGCUGGACGAGCCGGAGGAAGCCAAACCUCUGGUUGGGGAUCAGAUGGACGAGCAGAUGGACAAGGAAAAGACAUCCUUCAUUCAGGCCACAGAAGGCAUCGAGCAGACUGUGCAGGAUACGCAACAGGAAGAAGAGGAGCCUGUGAAAAGACCCCAGACUUCCCAUCGAGUCCAGCUUGAGGAGAACAGAAAGGAAACCAGGAGGCUCGCAGCCGCUUUGAAAAAGGCAGAGGAACUUCUGAAGACGGAGCGCCUCUGCUGGCAGCGGGAGAAAGUCUCCCUGCUUGAUGAUCACAGUGAGGAAACCAGGAAGAUCGCAUCUGCCAUGAAAAGGGCAGAGGAUCUGCUGGAGACCGAGCGUCUCUGCUGGCAGCAAGAGAAAAAUUCCCUCCUGGAGGCGAUGGAGAAAUCUACAGCUCUCUAUGAGACUCAGCUGGAUGAGCAGAAAUGUGAGAACAAAGCCCUCAUGGCUGCUCUGAGGAAUGUUGAGCAGAAGUUGGAGAGUCAUCAGCUGGAGUGGCAGCAGGAAAAGACAUCCCUCAUUCAGGCCACAGAAGGCCUCAAGAAGACUGUGCAUGAUACGCAACAGGAAGCAAAGGAGGCUGUGGAAAGGUCUCAGGCUUCCCAUCAAGCCCAGCUUGAGGAGCACAGAGAGGAAACCAGGCAGAUCGCAGCUGCCUUGAAAAAGGCAGAGGAUCUUCUGGAGACCGAGCGCCUCUGCUGGCAGCGGGAGAAAAUACCCCUGAUGGAGGAGAUGGAGAAAUCUACAGCUCUCCAUGAGACUCAGCUAGAUGAGCAGAAAUGUGAGAACAAAGCCCUCGCGGCUGCUCUGAGGACUGUUGAGCAGAAGCUGGAGAGUCAUCAGGUGGAGUGGCAGCAGGAAAAGACAUCCCUCAUUCAAGCCACAGAGGAUCUCAAGAAGACGCUGCAGGAAAAGGAACAGGAGUGGGAGGAGAAAGAAAGCUCCAUAAGGUCCCAACUGGAAGAUCUCCUGAGUAAGAAGAAGAAAAAGAAGAAAUGGUACAGAUGGUUCAUCUAAUGGCCUGAUCUGGGUCUUAUUCUAAAUGAACCAUUAAAAUGUCCACUAGUCUUUGCAUCAUUCACACCAAAAGGAUCAUCAUCAGCGGGUCAAGAUCACAACAACACAAAGGCUCUUUUAAGAGCCACCUGACAACACCAGACCAUACAGUAUCAGCAGAACCAGUAGCCGCAAGGGACUCCAUCCAAGAUUUCAACACUAAUUGUCACCUUUGCCACUGAAACGUUGAGCUUUGAAGGCUUUCUUCUGUGUGCUGGUCAUGUCACCAUGACGAAGCGAUACGAUGGCUAACCACUUGUAUACCUUAUAAUACUAGUUAUAAGAUUGUCUUUUGAUUUUAAUGUAAUAAAACAUGCCAAAGGCAUUUCUUGAUUGAA